AUGCCUCAUGAAUUUCUCCAGCUCGGACGGCUGACUAUUUUCCGUGCUCUUAGCUCGUCACACCGCUGUGGCUUGGUUGGACUCAAAGAUGUCAGGUGGCGCUUGCAGAGUGUCACUCAUCCUUCGCCAUCUCACCAAGAAGUCUUCAUUCUGUGUGGGGAUGACCAACUGGCGACCAUCGCUACGUGCGAGUGGAAUGGAAUUCCUUUUUCUUCCGGUUAUCGCCGAUACGCAGUCUUUACUCGUGAGAUGCUGCUGGUAUACAGCAUUUUCGUUUUCUUUCAGAAAAUUCAGGGUCGUAAAAACCAACGAGAACAUCAUGCAUCUGGUGGGGCCCCGCUGGCUGCCAAUAUUGCUAUCGAUGACGGCCAGUGGCACAUGACCUGA